GCAGAAUUCGAAUUCUAGCAAUUUUGGAAUCCAACAUAUUCAUGAACUGAUGUUCAUGAUCUUGUAAACCAAACUUACCCAUCUACUCAGCAAAGAUGCCUCGCGCGAAACGAUCGAAGCAAUAUCGGAAGCUCAUGGAGCAAUUCUCCAUGAGCUUCGGAUUUCGAGAACCGUAUCAAGUCAUCGUAGACGCCGACUUCAUCGCAGAAGCAAACAAAUGCAAGAUGGAUGUCAUGCGCCGGUUGGAAGACACACUACACGGUCAAGUCAAGCCCCUAAUCACUCAAUGCUCAAUGCGACAUCUCUACGGACGGAAAUCAGAGCCUGGUGUGGAAGCAGCUAUAGAACAAGCAAAAAAUCAUUUCGAGCGACGACGAUGCGGUCACCAUCCGGACGAGUAUCCGGAACCACUUAGCGCGCUCGAAUGUCUACAAUCCGUCGUUGAUCCGAAAAGCAAUGGAGUCAACAAGCAUCGUUACGUCUGCGCCGUCAACGACGAGACCGUUAGGGCAAAGCUACGACAGGUAGCAGGGACGCCAUUGAUAUUUAUCAGGAGAUCUGUUAUGAUUAUGGAGCCGAUGGCAACGGUUAGCGUAAAGAUUAGGUCGAAAGACGAAAAGAGCAAGUUCAGAGCCGAGCUCAAAACCCCCGAUAACAAGAGGAAGAGAGAGGACGACGAUAGCGACGAAGAAGACGCGCAACAAGCUGCGCCAAACGCAGGAGAGGCGGAUAAACCUAGGAAGAAAAAGAAGGCCCACGGUCCGAAGGAACCUAAUCCCUUGGCCGUUAAGAAGAAGAAAUCGAAACCGAACCCAAACCAGAAACCCGAUAAUCAAAAUUCGAAAGGAUCUAAGGCAGAGGAAGCAGUUACUACGGAAUCUACAACAAAAGCAGAAGUAACAAAACGGAAACGUUUACGAAAGCAUAAGGGUAAAGGUGCUUCCACGAACAGUGAAGCAGCUGCAGCGUCUGGUGAUGGCGAUGGUGAGGCGAAUGCGGCGGAUACGAAAAAUCAAGAAACUUGAAAGUCAUCUUAUCUUAAAUGAACCUGGCGUAGGAGAUUUCUCGGCGUGAUUUCUCGGCGUGCCAGAUACGAAGAGCAUCGCAGUUUAUAUAUUGUACAGGUACUUUUACUGGCGUUUGAUACCACAAUGCUACCUUAAGUUUGCUUUUGCAUGAGAAAUAUCAUUGGGACAUCACAUAGAUAUCAUACCUCGAACUGACAGCUUUAAGGAAC